GAGGGAAGGAGGGCACUGCGCUGAGGAAUCAGCCGCUGCCUCUCCAGGGAAGAGGCGCUUCUGCUUCUCCUUCCUCCUCGCCCUCCUCCGCCUUGCAGCCGCCCAGCGCACCUGCCUGGCCUGUGGGAAGACGGGAAGACGUCGCCGCCGCCACAGCCGCGGUGCCCGGGGGGCUGUGCGGAGCAGCGUCCCCGGGCACACCAGGAGAAGCCGCCUCCGCUCGCUCAUGAGCACCGCGGCUCCGGAGCGCCGCCGCUCUGGCAGGGGACAGUCGGCUGCAGGAGCGCACCCGGCGGGGGCGGCAGCAUGUGGACCCCGACGGAGGAGGAAAAAUACGGCGUGGUUAUAUGCAGCUUUCGAGGGCCUGUCCCACAAGGCUUGGUUCUAGAACUGGGAGAAACUGUCCAGAUCCUGGAAAAAUGUGAAGGAUGGUACAGAGGAGUUUCAAUAAAGAAACCUAAUGUAAAGGGGAUCUUUCCUAUUAAUUAUAUUCACUUGAAAAAGGCAGUUGUCAGCAACAGAGGGCAGUAUGAAACAGUUGUUCCACUUGAAGAUUCUGUUAUCACUGAAGUUACAGCAACACUCCAGGAAUGGGCUGUCCUCUGGAAACAGUUAUAUGUGAAACAUAAGAUAGAUCUCUUUUACAAACUGCGUCAUGUGAUGAAUGAACUGAUUGAUCUUCGCAGACAGCUACUAUCUGGUCAUUUGACCCAGGACCAAGUACGAGAAGUCAAGAGACACCUCACUGUACGCUUGGACUGGGGUAAUGAGCAUUUGGGCUUGGAUCUUGUCCCACGAAAGGACUUUGAGGUGGUGGAUUCAGAUCAGAUAAGUGUCUCUGAUCUAUACAAGAUGCAUUUAUCUAGUAGACAUAGUGUACAACAGAGCACAUCACAGGUAGAUACAAUACGCCCACGUCAUGGAGAAGCGUGUCGUCUGCCAGUACCUCACCACUUCUUUCUCAGUCUAAAAAGUUUCACUUACAAUACAAUUGGGGAGGAUGCAGAUGUAUUCUUUUUUUUGUAUGAUGUCCGGGAAGGCAAACAGAUCAGUGAAAGGUUUCUGGUACGCUUAAACAAGAAUGGGGGCCCCAAGAAUCCAGAGAAGAUCGAUCGAAUGUGUGCACUUUUCACAGAUCUCAGCAGCAAGGAUAUGAAGAAAGACUUGUACAUAGUUGCCCAUGUAAUUCGGAUAGGGCGCAUGUUGCUAAAUGAUUCGAGAAAGGGUCCUUCUCAUCUUCAUUACCGACGUCCAUAUGGUUGUGCUGUAUUAAGUAUCAUGGAUGUGAUUCCAUCAAUUUCUGAAUUAAAAGAAGAAAAGGAUUUUGUUCUUAAAGUUUACACGUGCAACAAUGAAAAUGAAUGGUAUCAGAUCCAUGAAAAUAUUAUUCGCAAAUCUAGCACCAAAUAUACAGCACCCAGCUCAAACUAUGGACUUAUCAUUUCUCUUCAGCUUCUUCGUGGAGAAAUGGAGCAGAUUCGGAGGGAGUAUCCUAUGAUCUUUAACAGAGGGGUGGCUGUUACCAGAAAAAUUGGUUUUCCAGAUGUUAUCAUGCCUGGUGAUAUACGCAAUGACUUGUACCUGACUUUAGAGAAAGGAGACUUUGAAAGAGGUGGGAAAAGUGUUCAGAAGAACAUUGAAGUGACUAUGUAUGUUCUUUAUGCAGAUGGAGAGAUUCUAAAGGACUGCAUCAGUUUAGGCUCGGGAGAGCCAAGUAGGAGUCUAUAUCAUUCCUUUGUCCUCUAUCACAGUAACAGCCCUCGUUGGGGAGAAGUCAUCAAACUUCCCAUUCCCAUAGACAGGUUCCGUGGUUCUCACCUCCGUUUUGAGUUCAGGCACUGUUCCACAAAAGACAAAGGUGAAAAGAAGCUUUUUGGCUUUGCAUUUACACCACUAAUGAGAGAUGAUGGCACCACCCUUUCUGAUGAUAUUCAUGAGCUUUAUGUUUAUAAGUGUGAUGAAAACAGCACAUUCAAUAACCAUGCCCUCUACCUGGGUCUUCCAUGCUGCAAAGAGGACUAUAACGGUUGUCCCAACAUUCCUUCAAGCCUGAUUUUCCAGCGCAGCACCAAAGAGUCAUUUGCAAUCUCUACUCAGCUCUCUUCUACCAAACUCACCCAGAAUGUGGAUUUGCUUGCUCUCUUGAAAUGGAAGGCAUAUCCAGAUCGUAUAAUGGAUAUCUUAGGAAGACUGAGGCAUGUCAGUGGUGAAGAAAUUGUUAAGUUCUUGCAGGAUAUCUUGGACACAUUAUUUGUGAUUUUGGAUGACAACACAGAAAAAUAUGGACUACUGGUCUUUCAGUCUCUUGUGUUCAUCAUAAACCUCCUGCGUGAUAGCAAAUAUUUUCAUUUUCGACCUGUAAUGGACACUUACAUCCAAAAGCACUUUGCAGGAGCGCUGGCAUACAAAGAACUUAUUCGAUGUUUGAAGUGGUACAUGGACCGAUCAGCUGAACUUGUACGACAGGACCAUAUUCAGGAGGCAAUGCGGGCCUUGGAAUAUCUUUUCAAGUUUAUUGUUCAGUCUCGGAUCCUUUACUCCAGAGCAACUUGUGGAAUGGAGGAGGAACAGUUCAGAGCCAGCAUCCAGGAGCUUUUCCAAUCAAUCAGAUUUGUGCUUAGUCUGGACAGCAGGAGCUCAGAGACUCUCAUCUUUACACAGGCAGCUCUGUUAAAUUCCUUCCCUGCAAUAUUUGACGAGCUUUUGCAGAUGUUCACAGUACAGGAAGUAGCAGAGUUUGUGCGGGGAACGCUUGGGAGUAUGCCCAGUACAGUGCAUAUUGGACAAUCUAUGGAUGUCGUUAAAUUGCAGUCUAUAGCUCGUACUGUAGAUAGUCGCUUGUUUUCUUUCUCAGAAUCCCGGCGCAUCUUGUUACCUGUGGUUCUUCAUCAUAUUCAUCUUCACCUUAGACAGCAAAAAGAGUUGCUUAUCUGCUCUGGAAUCCUCAGUAGUAUCUUCUCCAUCAUCAAAACUAGUUCUGUGGAGACAGAUGUCAUUGAGGAGGUAGAAAUGAUGGUGGAGAGCCUCCUGGAUGUACUUUUACAAACUUUACUUACUAUCAUGAGUAAAUCACAAUCUCAGGAGGCGGUAAGAGGACAACGUUGCCCACAGUGCACAGCUGAAAUCACUGGGGAAUAUGUGUCCUGUCUUUUGUCUCUACUUCGUCAGAUGUCUGACACUCAUUUCCAACAUUUAUUGGAGAAUUUCCAAAGCAAGGACGAAUUAAAGGAAUUUCUGCUAAAGACUUUCUGCGUAUUUCGAAAUCUGAUGAAGAUGAGUGUUUUUCCUCGGGAUUGGAUGGUGAUGAGAUUGCUCACCAGCAAUAUAAUAGUUACAACAGUUCAGUUUCUGUCCCCUGCACUGCACAAGAAUUUCACAGAAACAGAUUUUGAUUUUAAGGUGUGGAACUCCUAUUUCAGUUUGUCAGUCUUGUUCAUAAAUCAGCCCAGCCUCCAACUGGAAUCUGUUACUCCGGCAAAGCGUAAAAAGAUACUGGACAAGUAUGGUGACAUGCGGGUGAUGAUGGCGUACGAGCUGUUCAGUAUGUGGCAGAAUCUAGGUGAACAUAAAAUUCACUUUAUUCCGGGAAUGAUUGGCCCCUUCCUUGGUGUCACACUGGUCCCACAGCCAGAGGUCCGUAACAUCAUGAUCCCAAUUUUUCAUGACAUGAUGGACUGGGAGCAGAGGAAAAAUGGCAACUUCAAACAGGUGGAAGCAGAAUUGAUUGAUAAGCUUGACAGCUUGGUAUCGGAAGGAAAAGGAGACGAGAACUAUCGAGAGCUCUUCAGUCUGCUAACACAGCUCUUUGGGCCCUACCCCAGCCUGCUGGAAAAGAUUGAGCAAGAGACUUGGAGAGAGACUGGUGUUUCUUUUGUUACAUCAGUUACUCGUCUGAUGGAACGUCUCCUUGACUACAGGGACUGUAUGAAAGGAGAUGAAACGGAGAACAAGAAAAUUGGUUGCACUGUUAACCUUAUGAACUUUUAUAAAUCUGAAAUUAAUAAGGAAGAAAUGUAUAUUCGCUACAUCCACAAGUUGUGUGAUAUGCACUUGCAGGCUGAAAACUACACAGAGGCUGCCUUUACAUUGCUUUUAUACUGUGAGCUGCUUCAGUGGGAGGAGAGGCCUCUUCGGGAGUUCUUGCACUACCCUUCUCAGACUGAGUGGCAGCGUAAAGAAAACCUUUGCCGAAAAAUUAUCCACUAUUUUAAUAAAGGGAAGAGCUGGGAAUUCGGAAUUCCAUUGUGCAGAGAGCUUGCUAUUCAAUAUGAAAGCUUAUAUGAUUAUCAAAGCCUCAGCUGGAUUCGGAAAAUGGAAGCUACCUAUUAUGAUAAUAUAAUGGAACAGCAACGGUUGGAGCCUGAAUUUUUCAGAGUUGGCUUUUAUGGAAGGAAAUUUCCCUUCUUCCUUCGGAACAAAGAGUAUGUUUGCCGAGGCCAUGACUAUGAGAGACUGGAGGCCUUCCAACAAAGAAUGCUCACUGAAUUCCCACAAGCCAUUGCAAUGCAGCAUCCAAACCACCCAGAUGACAGCAUCUUGCAAUGUGAUGCCCAGUAUUUGCAGAUCUAUGCAGUGACUCCCAUUCCAGAUAAUAUUGAUGUGCUGCAAAUGGACCGUGUCCCUGAUCGCAUAAAGAGCUUUUAUAGAGUUAACAACAUCAGGAAGUUCCGCUAUGACAGACCUUUCCAUAAAGGCCCAAAAGACAAGGAAAAUGAAUUUAAGAGUUUAUGGAUUGAACGCACAACUCUAACCCUGACUCACAGUUUACCUGGCAUCUCUCGGUGGUUUGAAGUGGAGAGAAGAGAACUGGUUGAAGUCAGCCCUUUGGAAAAUGCCAUUCAAGUAGUGGAGAACAAAAACCAGGAGCUAAGAACGCUGAUAAGCCAGUACCAACACAAACAGAUGCAUGGGAAUAUCAACCUGCUCAGUAUGUGCCUGAAUGGAGUUAUUGAUGCUGCUGUGAAUGGUGGCAUAGCACGCUAUCAGGAGGCUUUCUUCGAUAGAGAUUAUAUUACUACUCACCCAGGAGAUGCAGAAAAAAUCACGCAGCUGAAAGAGCUAAUGCAUGAACAGGUACAUAUAUUAGGAGUGGGUCUUGCAGUACAUGAGAAGUUUGUACACCCAGAGAUGCGCCCUCUACAUAAGAAACUAAUUGACCAGUUCCAGAUGAUGCGAUCUAGUUUGUACCAUGAGUUGCCUGCUUUGGAUAAACUGAGUCCAGCCUGCUCAGGAACGAGCACACCACGCAGCAAUAUGCUUGUAUCACAUAGUCCAAUGAGUCCAGAGAGUAUCAAGCUGGUGCAUCGCCACAGCCCAUUGAAUAUGCUGGGCACAGUCCGACACUCGUCAUCUUCACUUUCUUCCCAUACAUCAAGUGAAACAGGGAAUCUGGUUAUUCUAACAGACAGUUCUGUCGGAGAAACAGCAGAGGAUAUGUACCACAUGCAGGCCAGUCCUUCCACCUCAAGCCUGAGCUCUACCCAUUCUGCACCAUCCCAGAUGAUUAACUCUGCACCUCCUAGCGCACGGGUGCUGAUGAAAGGUGCUGGAUUGACAACACUGGAGGCUGAAGCCCUCUAUCUAUCCACAGAACAGAUACAGCACGGGCGGCAGCAGUGCAGGCUUCCCCACACUGCCCCCACCAAUGUGCCUCAUCUCUGUCCUGGAGGAACCACCUCUAGAGGCUCUCCCUCUCUACCAGAUAAGUAUCGUCAUAAUCGGGAGCUGAUGAUGUUAUUACCGAUGCACCGAGACCGACCUAGCAGUGCCAUGUACCCUGCAGCUAUCAUGGAAAAUGGACAGCACCCAAAUUUCCAGCGAGCCUUGCUCCAACAAGUGAUUGGACCGUGCAAACCCUGCAGCGAUCCCAACCUUUCUGUUGCUGAAAAAGCUGUUCCAGCAGCACCAAGCAGCUGGAGUCUGGACAGCGGAACCAGAGAGGCCUUGCCAUUCCUGUCUACUCAUGUUGGGAGCAUCCUGGCCCCACCAGUACCUCCCCGAAGCCUGCCCCAUGGUCACUACUCGCUGCAUUUUGAUGCCUUCCAUCACCACCUUAGUGAUGCCCCCCCAGCACUGCCUGCACGGACGCUACGUAAGUCACCACUUCACCCAAUUCCUGCAUCACCCACAAGCCCCCAGUCUGGCCUGGAUGGAAGCAACUCUACCCUUUCAGGGAGUGCAAGCAGUGGCGUCUCCUCGUUAAGUGAAAGUAACUUUGGGCAUUCGUCCGAGCCCCCUCCUCGAACAGACACUAUGGAUUCUGUCCCUAGCCAGGCAUGGAAUACUGAUGAAGACUUAGAGACACCCUACCUCCCCGUCAGGUAUAGUCUCUCAGAGCCUGAUGUUCUGGAAACACUCAAAUCCCAGCCGUGCCGAAGCCACUCUGCUCCAUCGGGAGUCAUUCCUCAGGACGCUGUGGACCCUCCAGCUCUGCCCCCUAAACCAUAUCACUCCCGCCUUCCAAACAUGGAAAAUGAGGAGGGAGUGAUCUUGGAAGAGGAUGAAAAACACCGGGCGCUACAUCGCAAAAUUUCCCAGCCAACUAGCGGUGUGAAAGAGGAGCAAGCCAGGGUAGCGUGGGAGCAUGGCAUCAGCGAGCAGUAGGCAGAAGUAUGAGAGAAGACAGUUUGCAUGAUCAUUCCAGGUCUGUGAAACCAGAAGAGAGAUGUACAAUAGGAGGCUUCAGAGAAAAGAAAAGUGAACUGGUUUAUUCUCUGCUGCUGAGAGUUAAUGACUGGAGCCAGUGUUUGGGCCAGCAUGUGCAGUUGCUGCUUUCCUUUUUAUUUAAUUUUAUACUUUUAAGAUUUUUAGUGUUUGGGGGUUUUGUCUAAUUUUUAAUUUUUUUGCAGUGGGUGCUUCAUUCCUUCUACAGUUUAUCAGACAGCAGGAAGUGAUAUUAGCUAUAGACACUUGCAGAAACUGAAAAGCAUUAGGAUUUGGAGGGUGGGGGGAUGUGGCAUGGAAUUUUUACAAGCUUUCCUUCCAGUUUUGAGAUGCGCACAAGUUUUGAAGCAGUUGCACUAGGAAUGUGUUUAUUUGCUGUAGUAAGUGAAUGCUAAUUUUGAAUUCAGGGAUUCCGCGAAGCCAGAAGGUGCAGAGUUUUAAAGGCACUGAAGAAACGAGAUCUUCCAGGCUUGAGGCAUAUAAACUUAUUUUGCAAUGGUCUCCUUGCAUUGCCUCAGGUGUGCUGAAGCAAUCUAACCAGUGCUGACUGGCUGCCAUUUCUAUUUUAAGGCAUCAUUUCACACAAACUCUUCUUGGCUUGGCAUAGACUUUUUGAUUUCCUGCUUUUUCCAUUGUUAUUCAUCUGUAUUUAUUGAUGCAACGUUACGAGGGGAACGCCUAACCAUGGGACAUAUAGCCCAGUCUUGGCCUCCCUGUGCCUCUGGUUGUUGGCACUAGCAUUUUAAUUCCAAUCCAGGAGUAAAGGAGUAGUAUCUUAUGCCAGAGCAACUAAGAAACUAAGCUAGAAUAAAAGGAAAGUUUGAGCACACACCUGACAGUUGCUUUAAGGCUGACGAUCUUGCAUAGUCCAAACUAUUAUCUGUUGUUGUAUCAUCCUUGUUCCAGUGUCAUAGAAAUACAGUGGUCUUCAGAAAAUGUCCACUAUGUAAAAAUUGUAGAAGCAGGUGGAGGGGGGGAUAUUUUGAUCCUUUUUAAUAAAAAGUUUCUGAAAUGUUUACAAAGGAGACAACUAAGGGUGCGCUAUGGUAUGUAAAAUCAUGAUUGACUGUUAGUGAACCUAAGAAAAGGGGCAUUGCUUAUAUUUAUAUUCAAGAACCAGUGCAGCCAAUUAACAUGCCAUAGUUGAACAUUUUAACCAAAGGAACUGUGGGACAAGCUACCCUAAGCUAUAUGAGUUAGAAAUGUAGCUAAGUUUGGGAAAGGUGCUGGAAAAUAUGAGAUGAAAAGGAAUAUUAACACAUAUUAAGCAAUAUGGCAAGGAUUCACAGAUUCAAAUGAAUAAUGCAAGAUAACAAUACUUGAAUGUUGUUAGGGUUUUAGUCAGCAUUUUUUAAAUCCGUGUCAACCCAACACCUUAAUAAUGGCAAAGUUAUAUUUAUUCAAGAUCCAGUUUUAUUCAAGAUCCAGCCCUCCCCACUGAUGGCUAAAAAAAAUAAAAAUUAAUCUGUUUAUUUUUACAAUUUUUGUAGUGAUACCCAGAAGCACAUUAUGAAAUGUUUUAUACUAAAUGAGAAAGCAGCACAGAAAAUGUAAAGGAUUGAGUCAGUUUCCAAAACAGCCAAUGACAGAAACAUAUAGAAGCUCAAAGUUCUGGUUUCACUCUUCAAUCAGUUACUAUAUAUAUUAUAAAGAAACAAAAAAAAAAAUUUCUAAAGAAAUUAAGAGAACCGUAUGUACCUUGUAUGACUGAAAUUGCUUUUUUCUGAGGUAAGCUGUUAAUAUAUUUCCCCCCAAGCUCUGUCCAAUGUAAACACACAGUAGUUCUGCCCUUAUAUUUUAACAAAACACCAUGGCAUUAAAAACUUGCCUAGUUUUAUUUUUGAGUUUGCACUAGAUAGAAAAUACAUUUGUAUUCCCUCUUUCCUUUGAUCCACAACCAUCAUUUCCCUCUCUUAGGUCAAAGUGGCUUUGCAGUGCUACCAGAAAGAAAUAUCUCCUGCCAGGCACAAUUUAAAUGCAGGUCCUGUACUUCCAGUUAAGAUUAGAAUGUCAAACAUAAAUGUUACCCACUUAGAGCUCCAGGAAGUUUUUUUUUAAAGACGUAACAUCUUUUUUGGAGCUUGAGAGACUAGAAGUACAAGCCUAAGGACUUUCUCCUUAUAGUAGGUUACUUAGAGAAUUGCAACCCACAGUAUAGCUAGGGUGUUUGCUGUUGAUACCUGAAAGCAGGUUGGGUGUUUUUUGUUUUUGUUUUUUUUACAAGUAAGGUAAUGAGUUGGCAGAUGUAAGCAAAUAUCAGCUACUUUCAUAACACUCAACCUUCAGAUUCCAUUGAGGGAAGCAAAUGUAGAUGUAACAACUAAAACAUUCCAAUUUCUACGCAAUGUUUGGUGUGCUUUGGUGGCUUUCUAAAAGGAAAUUCUCUAUGUGUGUACAUGGAUGCAAUUUUAAAAUGAGUUUCCACUGUAUUGCAAUUGGCGAGAACUUAGCAUCCGAUAAAUCAGGAUGGAUUUCUAGUUGCUGAAUUGGGUAUCCUAUGCUGCAUUACUAAAAUUACUUACUAGAUAUUCAGGCCACCAGCACAAGCCCCAUUGAGAGUGGGGAUGUGUGCUGACAUGGCUUUGAAAGCCAACCUAUUAAAAAAAUGUAAUAAUUUAGUUGGACACAGACAGCAAAAUGGAAACAUAGUAUAUUAUAUCUUUGGACAACAAAGUAGCACAUACAAUCAUGGUACCUUGGAAUAGGUAUAAACUGCUCCAAAAUAUGGUGUUCUUGUCCUUUGCCUGAAGUAGAAGGAAGGUUUAAAGAUAGGAAGAAGUAAUUCCUGUUUGUAGUAGGAAAUAUAAUUGGAUUUUGUUGCCAUAGCAAAGGUAUAGGGAUUUUUUCCCUCACAAACAUCCCCACACUCAUUUUUUCCCCCUUUACUCUGUAAAAGGGGACUAAAUCAUAUCUUUCCUGAGGAAGAACGAGUGAGCAGGAAAUUUAGGGAGGUGAUAUCAUGUUGCUUAAUUUGUUUCCCCAUCAUGUUUCAUGUAAAUAACCCAUGAAUGCUGUGUAUUUGUACAGGAAAUUGAGCAAAAAAUGUAUAGAUUGUGAUGUCUGACUGGUACUCUGCCCUGCAAAUGUAUUUUUAACCUAUGGCAAUCUGUUGUUGUUUAAAACAACGGCGACCACAACCCCCCCCCCCUAACCAGUUCUCUUUUUGUGUAUUCAUGUUUGGAAAACCUAUCAUAACUGUAAGGAAAAGCAUACCUUAAAAGGAAAACAAAAUAUUUGUACCAGAGUCCUAAAGAUAUUUCAUUGUAUAUAUUGUGAUAGCAUGUUUCUGGAACCAACAAAUAAGUGAUGUGAAUUUUAGGUGUAAAUAUCUGCUGUUUUGUUUUGGAUUUUUUCCCCUUUCCUUCCCCAUUCACUCAACUGCUGUGAUGUGGAAUUAAAAAUUAAUACUUGAUAUUAAAAAGCAUUGAGCAGAUGCUCCAAGGUA